AUGGAGCUGGAAGACUUGCCAAAACCCCCUGAGCGCUUCUACCAGCUAGGAGGGUAUGACGUCCUCGAGGAUUUCAUAGAAGGGAUAGGCGAGAACGAGCUUAUGCUGGCAAGUCUUCUGGCCCUUUACAACGAGGAGUACUUGCAGCAGAGGCCUGUUCCCCAGACCAAGGGUUUCAAGAAGCUUGUCAAGCCUGAAGUGUGGGAAACAGAGAACCACAGGUUUUGGUGGCGCAGGCAUGCAGCAUAUCUUCUGGGCUGGCAGGGGAGAAGGCAAGAAGGAGAAGGGGAUGGCUUCACUGAAGCUAUCAACAAGCUGUUGAGAAAGUAUUGGCCUAAGAAGGAGGACAAGAAAGAAGAUCGUGGGCAGGCUACCAAGGAAGAGGGUGCAGCUGAAGGGAUUGCACCUACUGACGCACCAGUAGCAGGGGCGUCGCGUGCACUUGCUGUGGACGACCGCGCCGCACAAGGGAACCCUAAGAAAACUCAAAGGGGGCCUGUAAGCCGAGUUGUGGUCAAACGCCGCAAGGUGAAGGCCGGUCGUGCGCGGAUUGCUCGCUUGGAGGACGAAGAGGACAGCCCCUCUCCCUCUGUGAAACCAGCCUUCAUUGCUUCGGAUGCGGAGACCGAGCCCCCCUCCGAGGAUGACAACAAUGGGGCGUGGGAGCAGGUUGAGGGAGACUUGCGUGUUGCGAUGGCCACGCCGGAGGGGACAUCCGGCGGCCUCUCGUUCGGAGCGGCGAUGGCGGCGAGGAGGAGCGUGAAGAAGGCGGCGGACAAAAGACAAGUUGCUGCCGCGAGUCUCGCAAGUGUGGCCUCCGUCAGCGUUGCAAGUGGUUCAGCCCCUAGGUGUUGGAAGGGUCGUUUAGAGCCGUCGGGUAGCUCCCCGGUUCGCACUAGAGGGGAGGAACUUGUGCGUAAACCGGAAGCAUACAGUCCAGGGAUGCGCGUCGUAGGAGAGAGUCGGGGAACUGGGUCGGUCGGAACCGAUAACCGGGUUGUAAAGCGAAGGCUGGUCUCCAAAACAAUCGGCCCGCUGUAUGCACGCCCAACUAUCAUAAGGCGGGCUCCCGCAUGUAGGCCACGUCCUCGUGCCGAGAAUGAUGCCCCUUCCAUGCCCACAGGGAAUCGGAUUGUUAGCAUGAAACUUAUGGCUGACUUUCUAGAGACCACUUGCUCGAACUGUGAGUUUGGCGGGCGGCUGCGCCUAAUAGGGGAGGAUAAGAAGAUGGGCUUGGCUAGCCGGUUGCUUUUUGAGUGCGCUUGCGGUAAGUCGUACUCUUUUGAGACGACCGAGGAAGUUGCAAGCGCGCCGGGGGUAAGGGGUCGAAAGGCAAGGGGCAUCAACUAUCAGGCUAUAGUCGGCGCAAUAGCCACCGGUAGCGGGUUGAAGGGCUUGCAGAAAUUGAUGGGGUGCCUGAAUGUGCCCUCGUCCGGACACGACGCAUUUGAUGCGGCAAUGGAGAAAGUCAUAGAGGCGAUGGAAAUCCUGUGCGAUAGGUCUUUCAAAGAGGCCAUCGAUGAGGUCAUCCGACGCCUUGAAGAAAACGGGGAAGUGCCGCUAAGGAUAGUGACGGAGCAAGGGAAAGAGGCGUCGUUGUUUUGGGCCAUCGCGGCAACCUUUGACGGCGGUUGGCCGAAACGGGGCACGCGGUCGGGGGGGUAUAACUCUCUCGGGGGGAUGGCGGCGUUGAUGAGCGCGCUAACGGGCAAGGUCCUGCAAGUGGAGGUGUUGAACACGCGGUGCGGGAUCUGUGACCAAGCGGAGGACCUCAAGACGGAACCCCCCGAUCACCGGUGCCACCGGAACUACGCUGACAGCGCGAAGUCGAUGGAGCCGGAGGGAGGCGUGCGGAUGCUCGAACGCAUCACGAAAUUCGGGUGUGUUGUACGCGAUCUCAUCGGGGAUGCCGACUCAAGCGUGAUGGCCGCUGUAAGGGAGCGCUUGCCGCCAUGGAUUGCAAAUGUGGUCGAGAAGGCGCUUGAUAUCGGCCAUCUCAAAGGCAAUCUAUAUGAUAAGAUGACGAAAUUGAAAGCGUCACAAUUUAAGAAGGAUAGGAAGGCCUUCACGGAUGGGCAAAUACGAGCUGUAAGCUCGUAUUUCGCCGCGGCAAUUCUCAGUAACCGCGGCGACCGCGCAGCAGUCAAGCAAGCGCUGGAAAGCAUAGUCCCCCACCUCUUCAACGAGCACGAUAAGUGCAAAAAGAAGAGGCACCCGGAGGAUGAAGAGGGUUGGUGCAAAGCCGGUUUGGAGCCCGAUCACGUUCCGAACCGGUUGAAAAAUCACGGCGGCUAG